AUAUCACUAUAUUGCCAACGGUAUUGGGCCAGCCCUCCAAAUCAUUGGAUUCAGGUGUUCCAAUCACCUCCAUGGCCACAGGUGUAUAAAAUCAAGCACCUAGGCAUGCAGACUGCUUCUACAAACAUUUGUGAAAGAAUGGGUCACUCUCAGGAGCUCAGUGAAUUCAAGAGUUGUACCGUGAUAGGUUGCCACCUGUGCAAUACAUUCCAUCCGUGAAAUCUCCUUUGCUACUGAAUAUUCCACAGUCAACUGUGAGUGGUAUUAUAACAAAGUGGAAGCAACUGGGAACAACAGCAACUCAGCCA